AUGCUGACGAUGAGAUGGACAGUGGUGGCCACACACGGAUACAGCGGUAGCAUGGCCAAGCUGGUGAAGCGAAGGAGCAUGUGGUAUCUGGAGGGAGGGCAGGACGAGGUUGGUGCAAUGGCCAUCGUCCUAUGCAGAAACAACAUGGGAUUGGUUGGGUUCAUUGGUGUAAUUGCUGUGACGUCUACAUGUACAAUGAUUGGGUCGGUCUCGGGCAAGGCCGUGUCCGGAACCCAAGGCCUUCUCUCCCAAAAAGAGUCGAGUGUGUGCAAAGAAGGGAAAGGUGAAACAAGAGUUGAAAAAGACGCGGACGAGUUUGCCGAGGCGGGGACCUAG